UCCGUUGUGGCCGUUAGUCGGUGCUAUGGCGGCUCAUUCCCCAGCCGUCGGUAUCGACCUGGGCACCACUUACUCGUGCGUCGGCGUCUUCCAGCAUGGAAAGGUGGAAAUCAUAGCCAACGACCAGGGGAACCGCACCACCCCCAGCUAUGUGGCCUUCAACGACACCGAGCGGUUGAUCGGUGACCCAGCCAAGAACCAGGUGGCCAUGAACCCCACCAACACCGUCUUCGACGCCAAGAGGCUCAUCGGCCGCAACUUCGACGACCCAAUGGUGCAGACAGACAUCAAGCACUGGCCCUUCACCGUCAUUAAUGAGGGAGGGAAACCCAAAGUUCAGGUGGAGUACAAAGGAGAACUGAAGACUUUCUUUGCUGAGGAGAUUUCCUCCAUGGUGCUAACAAAAAUGAAGGAGAUUGCAGAGGCAUACCUAGGUACUCCUGUGAGGAGUGCUGUCAUCACAGUGCCCGCUUAUUUUAAUGAUAGCCAAAGACAAGCCACCAAAGAUGCCGGAACCAUUGCUGCUUUAAAUGUGCUGAGGAUUAUCAAUGAACCAACUGCAGCUGCUAUUGCAUAUGGACUAGACAAAGCAGGGUCUGGUGAACAUAAUGUCCUCAUCUUUGAUCUGGGAGGUGGAACAUUUGAUGUUUCUGUCCUUACCAUUGAGGAUGGUAUAUUUGAAGUCAAGUCCACUGCUGGAGAUACUCAUUUGGGAGGAGAAGAUUUUGACAAUCGCAUGGUGAGCCAUUUCAUAGAAGAGUUUAAAAGGAAAUUUAAGAAAGAUAUCUCCCAGAGCAAGCGGGCAGUAAGACGUCUGCGUACAGCUUGUGAGCGUGCCAAGAGGACCCUAUCCUCAAGUACGCAAGCUAGCCUUGAGAUUGAUUCACUGUAUGAAGGGGUUGAUUUCUAUACAUCCAUCACCAGGGCCCGGUUUGAGGAACUGAAUAAUGAUCUCUUCCGAGCCACACUUGAGCCUGUUGAGAAAGCCCUUCGUGAUGCCAAGAUCGACAAGUUUCGGAUUCAGGAUAUUGUUCUUGUAGGAGGCUCCACGAGAAUCCCUAAAAUUCAGAAACUGCUUCAAGAAUUAUUCAAUGGAAAAGAGCUGAACAAGAGCAUCAAUCCAGACGAAGCUGUAGCUUAUGGUGCAGCUGUACAAGCGGCCAUUUUAACGGGUGACAGGUCUGAAAAUGUUCAGGACCUGUUGCUGUUGGAUGUUACUCCACUAUCUCUAGGUAUUGAAACAGCUGGUGGUGUCAUGACUCCUCUCAUCAAACGAAACACAACCAUCCCCACCAAACAGACUCAGAUCUUCACUACGUAUUCAGAGAAUCAAACCAGUGUCCUUGUUCAGGUUUAUGAAGGUGAGAGGGCAAUGACCAGAGAUAACAAUCUACUUGGCAAGUUUGCCCUUUCUAAUAUCCCACCAGCUCCCCGUGGAGUACCACAAAUCGAGGUGACCUUUGACAUAGAUGCUAACGGUAUCCUGAACGUUUCAGCUGUAGACAAGAGUACAGGCCGAGAAAACAAGAUCACUAUUACUAAUGACAAGGGUCGGCUGAGCAAAGAUGAAAUAGAGCGCAUGGUGCAGGAUGCAGAGCGCUACAAGACUGAAGAUGAUUCUAACCGUCAAAGAGUGACUGUCAAAAAUGCUCUAGAGUCCUAUGUGUAUGCUAUGAAGCAGGCUGUACAAGAUGAGAAGUUGAAAGGGAAAAUCACUGACCAGGAAAGGAGCAGUAUCCUUGCGAAGUGUCAGGAGGUUCUCACUUGGCUAGAAAGAAACCAGACAGCAGAGAAGGAAGAAUUUGAGCACCAGCAGAAGGAGCUGGAGAAAGUUUGCAAGCCAGUAGCCAAAUUCUUUCGAUGUCCCUGUGCUGGGGUGCCAGGAGGAGCUGGUAGUGCCUCUGAACCUAGCAAUGCCAGUGGACCCACAAUUGAAGAAGUUGACUGAGUGAUAUAGGUAGGAAAGAAUUGAAGACAGUCUGCUCAGAUUUAUGGACUGCUGCUUGGUUUCUAGAUUACGUCAGUAUUUCAGAACGAAGGAGAACAGGAAGAUUUGAUGGCAUGUUGGCGAGUACAUGCUACUCAACUGUUUAGUUACCUUUUUACAGCAUAAAAUUUCACAGAGCAUUAACUUAUUGUAGUUUCUUAACGAGUUUAUGACCCGAUUAUGAUCCAGGUCGCCCAUUGUGUUUCUUUUAAUUAACAAUGGGGUUCUUCACAAACUCAAACGUGCGCUUAUUCUAAUGAAAUUUACUCAACUAUCAAAUAGGGAGAAUAUAGAUCAGGGAAGAAUGAAUACAAGUGAAAGAGACUCCACCAUAACAAAUCCACACCAUCUUUAGCUGGGACCUGUCCUUAACAGAAUAAGGAGUGUGUUAGCUUGUUUUGGGGAAGCAUGUAUAUAACUUAAAAAGAUCCUAUACUUAGCCAUCACAAUUUGGUUUAUCUGCAGUGAUGUAAAACUUUGCUUCUACACUUUUUAAUAGUUGGGAGGAGGGACUGCAGCCUUUUCGUAGAGAGAGUGGAAGUGGAGGGAAUACUACAUCCAUAGUGUCAGAGGCCUUUAUAGUCAUUCUGUACUACUGGACAACAUUAAACUGCAGCCUAUCUGUAGUGGAUGGACUUCAAACUGGACUGCUGCAUUACAGAAAUUUCAUGGAUGUUUUGACUUGCCUAUAUCCUCUUGAUCACACCUGCCCUCUACUGGCCAAACUCUUGUUCCCAAUCCUCAUCAACAUAGCCCACACCCUGACCCUGAUUUCUCUAUCAGUCAUACCCUUCCCUCCCAAACCAGUAUCUACCUGGAAGCCAGUCAAUCUACACUCUCCUCCAUCACUCUAGGCCUCUGGCUAGUUGACAUCACUCAGAUUGUGGUGCACACUCAUCACCCAAUCACAACCUUUGUUUGUUUCUCUCUAUUGCAAUUGCUGCUGAUGGAUUCUCCAGUAAUUGUGGAAGAGAAAAUGUCUCUGACUGGAAGGAGCUGAUGCUUGUGAAAUCUUCCAGAUAUAUUUUGAAGAAUGAUUUGGUAAACCAUACAGGAUCUCUUUGUAAGCCUGCUUUUGGUGAAAAUAUAACUGCUGCAAACAUUACAGUUAACUCUGGUUUCAAGAGUGUGAAUCGCUCUCAGUGGAUGCAAAGCUUUGACUUUUAAAAAUGUUUCUGUGUUCUUUAUUAAACUAAGAAAAAGUUUUGAACAAAAUCAGAAAGUGCUGGAAAUACGCAACUUCUAUACCAUCUGUGGUAAUAGUUAAUGAAGUAGGUCAUCAUGACCAGGGGAUAAACGUUGGCAUGUAUUAGGAUUUGAGUAAGGACUGAGUAGGACAAAGAUAAAGGAAGGUUUCAUAUUGGGUGAAAGACAGGACAGAUUUAAUAAAAGAAGAAUUUGUUCUCUAGUUCAAAAGGGAAUUGAGACUGGUCAACAGAAGAAACUUAGGAUGUGUCUCAAGCAAGUGUGCUACUGUCUAAAAGCAACAAUGAGAAAAAGAACGGAAAUUUCAUUUUUCCAUAGUGUUGACAUUUCCUGACCACCUGAGUGUUUCCAGCAAUUUCUUUUAUUUUAGAUUUCUAGAAACUGCAGUAGUCUGCUUU